AGCUUAACGAACUUCGUUUCUCCGUUUCCCGCCCAACAAAUACCGCCAUGCUCUCUCAUUCUCAUCUUACACUCACUCUGAGAUCAGAUACAUCCGUACGAAUUCAAAUUUCCAGAUAUUUCUUUCACUGUGAAGAAGAUGAUCUCCUCUCUCAAGUCCGAAGAACAGAGCCAGUUACAGCUUGUGGAACGAGAAGAUAUUGAUGACGAAGAAGACCUCUUCGAAGCGAUCGAUAAGCUGAUCGCUCAAGGAAUCAAUGCUGGAGACGUGAAGAAGCUUCAAGAUGCAGGGAUUUACACAUGCAAUGGCUUGAUGAUGCAUACGAAGAAGCAUUUAACGGGAAUUAAAGGCUUAUCUGAGGCUAAAGUCGAUAAGAUCUGUGAAGCUGCAGAGAAGAUAGUGAAUUUCGGUUACAUUACUGGAAGUGAUGCUCUGCUCAGGAGAAAGUCAGUUAUUCGCAUUACAACUGGAAGCCAAGCCCUUGAUGAGCUGUUAGGAGGUGGGAUCGAAACGCUAUCAAUAACCGAAGCCUUUGGGGAAUUUCGGUCUGGGAAAACACAGCUUGCGCAUACUCUCUGUGUUUCGACACAGCUUCCUACUAACAUGCGUGGAGGAAAUGGAAAGGUUGCCUACAUUGACACUGAAGGAACUUUCCGACCCGACAGGAUUAUCCCCAUUGCCGAAAGAUUUGGUAUGGACCCAGGAGCUGUCCUUGACAACAUCAUCUAUGCUCGUGCAUACACAUACGAACAUCAGUAUAACCUGCUUCUGGGUCUGGCUGCUAAAAUGUCUGAAGAACCGUUCAGACUUCUGAUCGUUGAUUCUGUUAUUGCUCUCUUCCGGGUAGAUUUCACUGGAAGAGGAGAACUUGCAGAUCGCCAGCAAAAGCUGGCGCAAAUGCUGUCCCGAUUAACAAAGAUAGCUGAGGAGUACAAUGUUGCAGUAUACAUGACUAACCAAGUUAUAGCUGACCCAGGUGGAGGAGUGUUCAUAUCAGAUCCGAAGAAACCAGCAGGUGGGCACGUUCUUGCUCAUGCGGCCACAAUAAGGUUGAUGUUCAGGAAAGGAAAAGGAGAACAGCGUGUCUGCAAGAUUUUUGACGCCCCAAACCUACCCGAGGCUGAAGCAAUAUCCUUUUAUGCUUAA